AUGGAAUCUAGAAAACCUUCUUUAUUCAAUCAACUUGAACCACAUAAUGAAGAUAGUGAUUCAACAGAUAUCAGUGAUAUAAGUGAAGAUGAAGAUUGGGAAGAUGAUCCACCCUUAUCACCUAAAUCUCAACCACUAGAAUUUCCAAAAUUAGACCAUGACGUUCCACUACCACGUCCUCCAUCUUUACUAUCAUGUUUAUUAUACAAUAAUGGCAAUAACAAUAACAAUAGUAACAACCACACUAACACCCUUCAUCCUAGUAACAACAUCCCUAAUGGGAGCGAUAACAACCAUGUUUAUAAACCUAGACUACUUCGCUCAUUUACAACACCUACAGCAUUACCAGCACUACAUACACCAUUAGUCAAACAAGAGAGUGUAGUGGGGAUAUCAGACAUUAAUGUUUCAAUAAGUAGUUUAACUACUACUUCAUCACAUCUUUCAAUGAAAAAUUUACUAUCUAAAUCUUCAGUAAAUUUGUACAGUGCAGGGUCCACUACCACGACAACCACCACCGCUGCUAUGAGACCUAAUAAACGAUUAUCACAACCUGAUCAACUCAAACCAUCACCUAGUUCACUAACAUCAUCGAUACUAUUUAUGUCACAACCACCAGAUUCUGCUACUACCCCACCACCACCAAUUCUACCCAGAAUCACAACCACUGACAGUGAGUUAACCGAUAAACUAAUCAAUAAUGAUGAAUUGAGUAAAUCUUUGAAAGAAUCUUUACUUAUUGAUAAUAGAUUGGCGAAAAUACCUUUACCAGAAAAAGUAAUUGAUGCAGGGAUAUUUUUGAAACGAGAAAGUCGAUUGGCUGAUGAAGACGAUUUUGAUGAUUAUCAUUCUAAAGGAUGGUAA